GCCACCGCCCCGGAAGCGGGCAGCGCGCACGCGCAGUGCCGUUGGCGCCGGCGGGAGACGCGGCGGUACCGGAGCCGGGCGGGGCGCGGAGCGGAGCGGAGCCUCGGCCGCGAUGCCGCGGGAGAUCAUCACCCUGCAGCUGGGCCAGUGCGGCAACCAGAUCGGCUUCGAGUUCUGGAAGCAGCUCUGCGCCGAGCACGGCAUCAGCCCCGAGGGCAUCGUGGAAGAGUUCGCCACCGAGGGCACCGACCGCAAGGACGUCUUCUUCUACCAGGCAGAUGAUGAGCACUACAUCCCCCGGGCCGUGCUGCUGGACCUGGAGCCCCGUGUCAUCCACUCCAUCCUCAACUCCCCCUACGCCAACCUGUACAACCCAGAGAACAUCUACCUGUCUGAGCAUGGAGGGGGAGCUGGCAACAACUGGGCCAGUGGCUUCUCGCAGGGAGAAAAGAUCCAUGAGGAUAUUUUUGACAUAAUAGACAGAGAGGCUGAUGGGAGUGACAGCUUGGAAGGGUUUGUGCUUUGCCACUCCAUUGCUGGUGGAACAGGCUCUGGGCUGGGCUCGUACCUCCUGGAGAGACUGAAUGACAGGUAUCCCAAGAAACUGGUGGAGACCUACUCGGUGUUCCCAAACCAGGAUGAGAUGAGCGAUGUUGUCGUCCAGCCCUACAACUCCCUGCUGACACUGAAGAGGCUGACCCAGAAUGCUGACUGUGUGGUGGUUCUGGACAACACAGCCUUGAAUCGGAUCGCGACAGACCGGCUGCACAUUCAGAACCCGUCAUUCUCACAGAUCAACCAGCUGGUGUCCACCAUCAUGUCUGCCAGCACCACCACGCUCAGGUACCCCGGCUACAUGAACAACGACCUCAUUGGGCUGAUUGCCUCUCUGAUCCCCACGCCCCGGCUGCACUUCCUCAUGACGGGCUACACGCCGCUCACCACCGACCAGUCGGUGGCCAGUGUGAGGAAAACCACAGUCCUGGACGUGAUGAGAAGGUUGCUGCAGCCUAAAAACGUGAUGGUGUCCACAGGGCGAGACAGGCAGACCAACCACUGCUACAUUGCCAUCCUCAACAUCAUCCAGGGCGAGGUGGAUCCUACACAGGUUCACAAGAGUCUGCAGCGGAUCCGGGAGAGGAAGCUGGCCAACUUCAUCCCCUGGGGCCCCGCCAGCAUCCAGGUGGCUUUGUCCCGCAAGUCCCCUUACCUGCCGUCAGCUCACCGCGUCAGUGGCCUCAUGAUGGCCAACCACACCAACAUCUCCUCGCUGUUCGAGCGGACGUGCCGGCAGUACGACAAGCUGCGCAAGCGAGAGGCCUUCCUGGAGCAGUUCCGCAAGGAGGACAUCUUCAAGGACAACUUCGACGAGCUGGACAACUCCCGGGAGAUCGUGCAGCAGCUGAUCGAUGAGUACCACGCAGCCACGCGCCCUGACUACAUCUCCUGGGGCACGCAGGAGCAGUGAGUGCCCUGCCGGGAGACGGGAAGGUCCCUGGGCACCCCCACGCACGCCGUGCCCACGUUUGUCACCCCUCAGCGCUGCCUGGCGUGGCAGAGCCCUCGUGCCAGUGCUCCUCUGUGGAAAGCUCUGUGUGGGGAGCCUGCAGCUCCUCGGCGGGGCUCAGCCCCCGCCCCACCGUGUGCCCUGGCCCAGGACAGGACUGGGGCAGCUGCGCGCUCUGCUGGGAGGGAACCUCUGCCUGUGGGAGCAACACUUGCUGUGAGGAGGAGGAGAGUGACCCUGGGGCUGGGAACAGGCCUGGCCCCCUGAGUUUGGGUGCACAGAACCCCCGUGGCCAAAGGCUCCGUGUGGCUGAGCUAGUCCUUGCCCUGGGCAGGAGCCUUGUUCCUCCUUGGCCAGAUCAGGCCUGGGGCACGGGCUGUAUCUAUAUUUUUGUAGGUUAUUUUGCUUUAAUAAAGGCUGUUCCUGCACUGA